CUAAGUAACCACCAGCUCACGCCGCUUGUCACACUGACGUUCAGAGUUUGACACCUCAGCUUCAAGAAAAGCCUCCAUAUCGCUGGAAUCCAACAACCAGGCAUGACUUCGCGAAAACGAAGUGGUUCCGGUUCGUCGAAGCGUCCCAAAGAGAAGGUCGUCUAUAUUUACGAACUUUUCUUCCGCGGCGAAGAUCCUACAGCGCAAAAUGCCGAAUUCUGGAAUGAAUUCUUCCUGCUGCAGCCGAACGUGGAAAGCUUGGAGAGUGAAAUCAUGAAACUGGGACCGGACCAAUUGCUGACUGUGAAGGGCAACAUCAAUUUGAUAUUUGCCAAGUGCAUGGAGAUGCUCGAUACGGCACAUCCAAAAAGACUCUUCAAUAGCCUUCAGACGCUGUGUGCCUUCUUUCAUGCCGUGUUCAAAAAGUCUGCGGCCGAGCCUAGCUUCGAUGUGAUUCGGACGAUUUUCGAGUUUGAUCAAAUGGACGAGAAGAUGAAGUUGCUGCUGACGCAGUGCAACAAUAUCUUGACGGGUGAAGUAACGGAAAACGUUCGGGCGAUGUGUCUUAAACUGCUCCUGGUCAUCGUCACUGGGACCGACAACGUGAGUCAGAAUGUGCUCCUAGAAUACGUCAUGAUUCACAGCCUUUUCGAUGCGUUCGUGCGCCUGCUGAGUGACUCGACGCUGCGAGUGCAGCAUGGACACGAUGUGGUCAUUUUGCUAACAGUUCUAGUCAAUUACAGGAAACACGAAGCGGCCAACCCCUACAUUGUCCAAUUAUCAUUAGUGGCCGAUGAAUUGGCUCUGAAUGGUUACGGUCAGAUGAUUUCAUCGUCUUUAAUAGACUUUUGCCGUGGAUACAUGCAAAGUUUAUCCAACGUGCAGACGUCGUGGUUCUCAUCGUUGUCGAAUAUUGUCGGAAAUAUGUUCGUGUCCGACGAAGGCUGUGAGCGGGUGCAGCAAAUAAAAGCGAACAACGCCUUACUGCUGGCACUCUAUGAGGCGGUCCACCUGAAUAGAAACUUCAUCACAACCCUCGCACACACACAAGCCGAGUCCAGUGCUCCGCCGUCGCCUAGCAACACAUUGAAUGCUAGCCAGCCGGUACCCGAUCUGGCGGCCGCCCCGAUAAUCGACAUAACGCAAUAUCCUUCGAAUUUGCUCGUAGCCGUCUUUCAAUACUGUUCAAUUGUAAUGCAAGACAACAAGAAUGAAUCGAGCAUCGCCAACUUGAAGCUGUGUUUUUUGAUACUCACCUGCAUAUCGGAGGACCAGUACGCAAAUUCGAUGAUGCACGACAGCAACCUCACGUUCAAAGUGAUGCUGCAUAGGGCCCAGAUGCGGCAUCGGAAAUUGAGUAUCGAUCGGGUGGGCAAGUCGCAGCCAUUGGCCGCCACGCUUUUAGAUUUACUCGUUGAGUUCAUUGUUUCGCAUUUAAUGAAAAAGUUCCCGAUGGAACUGUACUUGCUUUGCAUUGGAGUGAUCCAUCGUAUUUUGUGCUAUCAAAAGCGAUGCAGAGUGCGGUUAAACUACCCGUGGAAAGAGCUAUGGUCGGCACUGAUUGGUCUGCUGCGAUUUUUAGUUACACAGGAACCUAAUUUAGUGAAGAAAUGCAAUAUUUUUUAUCUCUCACUGCAGGUGGUAAAUAUUUUCAACCUAUUUAUUACGUACGGUGAUACUUUUCUGGCAACGACCAACAGUUAUGAUGAGCUUUACUACGAACUCAACCGAGAAGAGAAGGUUUUUAGUGAGAUCCAUGCAAUGGUUCUCCGCUACACAACUAUGACUGAUUGUGAAUACAAAGAUGACGUCUUAAAACUCAUGAGUGCGCUCGUCAAUAUUCUAGCAAUAAUCAAACACUUUCAAAAUAAAAUCAAGGAAUGGCUAGCCGAGCAAGGCCUAUCAACCCCGACUGAAGAUCAAAUUCUUGAAGUGGUGCGCAAAAACUACGACCUAACGCUGAAACUGCAGGACUCCCUAGAUCAGUACGAACGAUAUUCGGAAACGCCUCGACACACAGCCUUCUUCACAUCCAUGGUGCGCGACGUGGUGAUCGACACCCGGAAAAACAUGUACAGCUACGUGCGCGAGGCACACUCGAUUCUACAUGAACAGGAAGUGCUGAUUACGCCAUAGACGUGGAGUGACACAAGAACAACACGCGGAAUCUUUUUAGAACAUAUUUUUAUUUAAUUGUAGAUUAUUAAAAAAAAAAAAAAAUAGAGGAACAAAAAAUCAAAGAGUGGUCUAUAUGAAAUGUGCUGCUUGAGAGAGCAACCUAUUUUUCCGUGUUAUAUUUUUCGUUAAAUAAGAAAAUAUCACACUUUAUUACGAAUUCAAAA